CGCUGUAUAUUUCACUCUUCCACAUUUACCCCUCACCAUGUGUCAUAAUCCCGAUACUGUUUAAACAAUCUUCUCUGAUUUAUAAAUCAGCUUUUCCACCAAUCGCAAUCAUUUUUCAUGCCCAUCGGUCAGGUCGCCUGAUUGAUCAGAUUAGGGUUCCGAAUUUGAUUCUAUUGAAGCUCUUCUGAACUCGAUUUUUGAGAGCUCAGCGAAUUGGAUUUCUGUAAUUGGAUCGAUACAUUUUUUUUAAUCCGAUCUGAAAAAGGGUUGAAUUGAAUUCUAGUUUCGUGGGGGGAAAUAUGGGAAGUCCAGAGAAGAAUCAAAGCAAAGGGGGGUUCUUCGCCGCCAUGACAUCGGGAUUGUCGAUGUUCAGCAAUGCCAUGCAUAGAUCCGUUAACGGAAUGCUUGGCCAUGAAGGGAUGGAAGUUAUAAAUCCCGAAGGAGGAAAAGAAGAUGCUGAAGAGGAAGCUCACAGGGGGAGAUGGAGGGAGGAGGAACGAGAUGGUUACUGGAAAAUGAUGCAAAAAUAUAUUGGCGCCGAUGUCACGUCAAUGGUGACUCUCCCUGUCCUUAUAUUCGAGCCAAUGACCAUGCUUCAGAAAAUGGCAGAGAUAGUGGAGUACUCACACCUUUUAGAUCAAGCCGAUAAAUGUGACGAUCCCUAUAUGCGGAUGGUGUAUGCAUCAUCAUGGGCAGUGUCUGUCUAUUUUGCCUUCCAACGUACUUGGAAGCCUUUUAAUCCGAUUCUUGGCGAGACUUAUGAAAUGGUUAACCACGGUGGAGUUACUUUCAUCUCAGAGCAGGUAAGUCAUCAUCCCCCAAUGAGUGCUGGUCAUGCUGAAAAUGAGCAUUUCACAUAUGACGUGACAUCUAAGUUGCGAACUAAAUUUUUAGGCAACUCCCUUGAUGUCUAUCCUGUUGGAAGAACCCGGGUGACUCUUAAAAGAGAUGGAGUUUCCCUCGAGCUGGUUCCUCCUCCUACCAAAGUCAACAAUUUGAUUUUUGGACGAACCUGGGUGGAUUCACCAGGAGAAAUGGUUAUGACAAAUUUGACUACAGGCGACAAAGUUGUUCUCUAUUUUCAACCUUGCGGUUGGUUUGGAGCUAAUAGAUAUGAGGUAGAUGGAUAUGUGUAUAAUGCUAAUGAGGAACCGAAAAUAUUGAUGACUGGAAAAUGGAGCGAGUCAAUGAGUUAUCAGCCAUGUGAUUUGGAAGGGGAACCUCUUCCUGGUACAGAACUGAAAGAGGUUUGGAGUCGUGCGGCAACUCCACCUGGUGACAAAUAUCAGUUCACAUACUUUGCGCAUAAAUUGAACAGCUUUGAAACUGCACCCAAGAAGUUGUUGGCAUCAGAUUCAAGAUUGCGUCCUGAUAGAUGGGCACUUGAGAAAGGCGAUCUCUCCAAGGCUGGUGCUGCUAAGAGCAGUUUGGAGGAGAGACAAAGAGCUGAAAAGAGAAACCGAGAAGCAAAAGGUGACCAGUUCACCCCAAAAUGGUUCGAUCAAACUGAUGACAUCACACCUACACCAUGGGGUGACUUGGAAGUAUACCGUUUCAACGGGAAAUACACAGAGCACCGAAAUGCCAUUGACUCUUCAGAUGCCAUUGAAACAGGUGAUGUACAAUCAACAGAAUUUAAUCCAUGGCAGUAUGCUGAUUUGUCCGAAUGAGAUUAUCAAUUGCAUUUCGUUUCUAUUGUUGAUGGACAACUUUUUCUUGUUGUGGUGUAGAAUUAGCUGUCGUUGUUGGCAUUGUGUACUCUGUAAUUUUUUUAUUUUUUUUUAUUUCACAAUAUUAUCUAUCUAUAAUAUCUAUAAUUGUUGUAGAAUCGAAAACAUGAAUAGUUUUUGGAGUGGCGGGUAGUUUUAGCCUGGCAACCAUUUUUUUAUAACAAGUGUGAAGGUUAUUCGAUUGUUAUUAAUUGUUUAUAUUUUAUUUGAACCGUGGAAG